AUGAAAUUUGGAGAGCACAAGUAUUCUUUUGAUUUGCUACGAUUUUACAUUGAUGAAGCUAAUAAGUCUAACCCUGGUAGCUGUUUGGAUAUGGAGUUUGAUGAGACUAGUGGUUGUUUUAAGAGAUGUUUUGUUGCAUUUGAUGCGACAAUUUCCUAUUUCAAUUUUUGUCGCCCCAUCUUAUUUCUUGAUGGCACAUUUUUGAAAAGUCGUUACAAGGGAAAUAUACUUUCAGCUACUAAACAAAGUUUAUUUAUGGUUGCUUUUGUAGUUGUUGUCGCAGAGGGUGAAGAUAACUGGACCUGGUUUCUCAGGUUGCUUAGAAAAAUUGUUGGCGUAAGUAGAAGAAUAACUUUCAUUUCAGAUCGAAAUUAUAGGCUCCUUCAAGGUGUUAGAAAUGUUUUUCCAGCAGUAGAACGUGCUUAUUACCUUAAUCAUUUAAAUAGGAAUCUUAAAGAUAAGUUGAAAGGACAUCAUGCUUCUUUUAGGGAGAUGAUUGUGAAGAAGUUUAAACAGUGUGCUUAUGUUCCGAGUAAGACUGAAUUCCAUGACCGCUUGCAAGAGCUUUUAUCUAUGGAUGGUGAUCGCGUUGCUAGUUUUAUAGAUGAAGCUCAUGUUUGUAACUGGACGAAUGCUUAUUUUAUGGGUAAACGAUAUGGUGAGAUGUCUUCAAAUGCUGCUAAGUCUUUUAAUUCUCAAAUAUCUGAGUUUCGUUCAUUGCCAAUAACAAAUAUGAUAGAUAUGAUUUGA